AUGUUGAGGAAAAUAUUCUCUCACAAUGGACUUCCAGGAAUCCUGGUCAGUGACAAUGCCACACUUUUCACUUCCAAUGACUUUCAAGCAUUUUGCAAACAAAAUGGAAUAAAACAAAGAUUUAUUGCCCCAGGCCAACCAGCAACAAAUGGAUUGGCUGAACGCUACGUCCAGACUUUCAAGAAGAAACUUAAGACAAUGACAUCUGACGAAGGCACUCAUCAUGAGAAGUUCCAUGCAGCUCUGUUCAGACUGCGUGUUACACCAUUGGAGUCAGGAGAAACACCAGCAGAACUCUUCAUGGGUCGUCCACUACGAACACAUCUAGACAUCUACAAACCCACUAUCCCUGACAUCAACCUAGCAGUCCAACCACCACCUGAACUAGUCCAUCAUUUGCCCUUAGGAGCCAGGGUGCAGGCUCAUAGCUACACCACAUCAGGCAAGUGGCGCUAUGGAACCAUUGUAGAAUGUCUUGGUAGGCUCCACUACCUUGUUGAACUGGAUGAAGGAUACACAAUCAAGAGACACAUCGAUCAACUUCAACUAUGUGAAAUUCCUCUCACCAAGAAUGCACUUGACCAGUCUUCUCCAAUUGUUACCUUGGAGAUACCUGACUUCAGACCAAGAGAACAAUUGUACAGCAACCAACAAGAUGUUCCAGUGUCUGGUCAAGAAUAUCGCCAACCAACUGACAUGAACACGGAUUUGACACAACAUGCCCUGCAACCACCUCAAAAUGCAGAGAUACAACAGAGAACACCCAUGUCAACAACUGGAGUUGUUGAGCAACAGGUUGAUCCCAGUUCCAGAGCCCAGGACCAGACUAGGCGUUCCAACCGAGAGCAAAGACCAGUCAAUAAAUUGAACUUGUAA